AGCGAGGGAUUACUCGCUAACAAUGAAAAGGCUACCAUGCAGAACCUCAACGACCGCCUGGCCUCCUACCUGGACAAGGUGCGGCUCCUGGAGGGAGAAAACGCGGAUCUCGAGUGCAAGAUCAGGGAGUGGUACGCCAAAGUAGGGCCCAGCUGUGAGCCACGCGACUACAGCUGUUUUCAUAAGGAAAUUGAAGAUCUUCAAAACCAGAUCCUGUGUGCAGCUAUGGAGACCAACAAAAUCCUUCUGAACAUUGACAACAACAGGAUGACCGCCGACGACUUCAGAGUGAAGUACGAGACCGAAUGCGGCCUCCGGCAAAACGUGGACACAGACAUCUGCAACUUACGGCCCGUCCUGGACCAGCUGGCCAGCUGCAAGACUGACCUGCAGCUGCAGUGCGAGGCAUUGACCGAGGAGAUGUGCUGUCUCAAGACAAACCACGAGGAGGAAAUGAACUGCCUGAGGAAACAGGCGACGGGCGAUGUGAGCGUGGAGGUCAACACCUGCCCCGGCCCAGACCUGAGGAAGAUCCUGGAGGACCUGAGGUGUCAGUACGAAACGCUGAUGGAGCGCAACCGCAAAGAGACCGAGCAGUGGUAUGCCUGCAAGGUGGAGGAGGUGAACCUGGAGGUCAUCACAAGCAGCCAGGAGAUAGAGUCAAGCAACAAACAGGUCACUGAGCUGAGACGCCAGCUGCAGGCCUUGGAGAUCAAUGUGCAAGCCCAGCUCACCAUGAAAGAAAAUCUGGAGUCCUCUUUGGCAGAAACUGAAUGUCGCUACAACAAAUACCUUGCUGAGCUCCAGAGCCAGAUCUCCUGCGUGGAGCAGCGGCUGGCCGAAAUACGGGCAGAGAUGGAGUGCCAGAACCAGGAGUACAAGACCCUGCUGGACGUCAAGUGCCGCCUGGAGCAGGAGAUCCAGACCUACCACUGCCUGCUGGAGGGCGGGCAGCACGACAUCAUGUCACUGCAGACAAGAGAGCUUCCCUGCCAGUCCCACCACACGCCCCUCUGAGGAGGUCUCUCGAAGAACAAAUCCUUUGGAAAAAGCAACGCAAAAACCACCUGGCAGUUCUCAGUUCUGCG